GGCGGCUGCCCGGAGCUCCUGAGUGAGCGACGCGCUCGAGAGGGGACGGGCAGGGCGGCCCGCGGAGCCCGGAGCGGAGCCUAGGCGCUGAGACGCGGCGGCGCGGCUGCCGGCUGGAUGGCAAGUUAAUGUUUACCGCGGAGUCCACCCAACGUUUCCUAGGUGGCGACAGACAAGGUUGCAGAAAAGCUGAGUUCUACUCUCUCAUGGGUGAAGAACACAGUAUCACACACAGUCAGUCAGAUGGCCAGUCAGGUGGCAAGUCCAUCUGCUUCAUUACACACUACAUCCUCAUCUACCACACUAUCAACGCCAGCCCUUUCACCAUCUUCGCCAUCACAGUUGAGUCCAGACGACUUAGAACUCCUGGCUAAACUGGAGGAACAAAAUAGAUUGUUAGAGACGGAUAGUAAGUCUUUAAGAUCUGUAAAUGGGUCAAGAAGAAACAGUGGCUCCUCCCUUGUAUCAAGUUCAUCAGCCUCUAGCAACCUCAGCCACCUUGAAGAAGAUUCUUGGAUACUUUGGGGGAGAAUCGUUAAUGAAUGGGAAGAUGUGCGCAAAAAAAAGGAAAAGCAAGUUAAGGAACUUGUUCGUAAAGGGAUACCCCAUCAUUUUAGAGCAAUAGUUUGGCAACUUUUAUGCAGUGCACAAAGUAUGCCAAUUAAAGAUCAGUAUUCAGAACUCCUGAAAAUGACUUCGCCUUGUGAAAAAUUGAUCCGAAGGGACAUUGCUAGAACUUAUCCAGAACACAAUUUUUUUAAGGAAAAAGAUAGCCUUGGACAGGAGGUUUUAUUUAAUGUAAUGAAGGCAUAUUCUUUAGUGGAUCGUGAGGUUGGUUACUGUCAAGGAAGUGCUUUUAUAGUUGGAUUGUUGCUCAUGCAGAUGCCAGAAGAAGAAGCUUUCUGUGUAUUUGUUAAAUUAAUGCAAGAUUAUAGACUUCGUGAACUUUUUAAACCAAGUAUGGCAGAAUUGGGCCUCUGUAUGUACCAGUUUGAAUGCAUGAUUCAGGAGCAUCUCCCAGAGCUCUUUGUACAUUUUCAAUCUCAGAGUUUUCAUACCUCAAUGUAUGCAUCAUCCUGGUUUCUGACUAUCUUUCUUACGACCUUUCCAUUACCAAUUGCAACAAGAAUAUUUGAUAUCUUUAUGUCUGAGGGUUUAGAAAUAGUGUUUCGAGUAGGAUUAGCACUUCUUCAAAUGAAUCAAGCAGAACUGAUACAACUCGACAUGGAAGGGAUGUUACAGCACUUUCAGAAGGUCAUCCCUCAUCAGUUUGAUGGUGGUCCAGACAAACUAAUCCAGGCAGCUUACCAAGUCAAGUAUAACUCAAAAAAAAUGAAAAAGCUUGAAAAGGAAUACACUACAAUAAAAACUAAAGAAAUGGAAGAGCAAGUUGAAAUUAAAAGGUUACGCACAGAAAAUAGGCUUUUAAAACAACGCAUUGAAACAUUAGAAAAAGAAAGUGCUUCCUUGGCAGAUAGAUUGAUACAGGGACAAGUGACAAGAGCCCAGGAGGCUGAGGAAAACUACCUCAUAAAACGGGAACUGGCCACCAUCAAACAGCAGAGUGAUGAGGCCAGUGCUAAACUGGAGCAGGCUGAAAAUACCAUCAGGAAGCUCCAGCACCAACAACAAUGGCAUAAAUGCAGUUCCAACUACAGUGAAGACUUUGUGCUACAGUUAGAGAAGGAAUUGGUCCAAGCUCGUUUGAGUGAAGCCGAGUCUCAGUGUGCACUAAAGGAGAUGCAAGAUAAGGUCCUGGAUAUAGAAAAGAGAAACAACUCCUUUCCUGAUGAGAAUAACAUUGCAAGGCUUCAAGAAGAACUCAUUGCCGUGAAACUGAGAGAAGCAGAAGCUAUUAUGGGUUUGAAAGAACUUAGACAACAAGUCAAGGAUUUAGAGGAACACUGGCAGCGCCACUUAGCUCGUACUUCUGGGAGAUGGAAAGAUCCACCUAAGAAAAAUGCUGUGAAUGAGUUACAAGAUGAACUGAUGACCAUUCGUCUUAGAGAAGCUGAAACACAGGCAGAAAUAAGAGAAAUAAAACAAAGGAUGAUGGAAAUGGAAACACAGAACCAGAUCAACAGUAACCAUCUUCGAAGAGCAGAACAAGAGGUGAUCAGUCUACAGGAAAAGGUGCAGUAUCUUUCUGCGCAGAACAAAGGACUGCUUACUCAAUUAAGCGAGGCGAAGCGCAGACAAGCAGAGAUUGAAUGUAAGAAUAAGGAAGAAGUGAUGGCUGUGAGACUCCGGGAAGCAGAUAGCAUAGCUGCUGUGGCUGAACUGCAGCAGCACAUUGCUGAACUUGAAAUCCAGAAAGAAGAAGGAAAGCUUCAAGGACAGCUUAACAAGUCUGAUUCUAACCAGUAUAUUAGGGAACUGAAAGAUCAGAUAGCAGAGCUGCAUCAUGAGCUCAGGUGCCUAAAAGGCCAGAGGGGCUUCUCAAAUCAACCCCCUUUUGAUGGAAUCCACAUUGUCAACCAUUUAAUUGGAGAUGAUGAAUCAUUCCAUUCCUCUGAUGAAGAUUUUAUAGAUAAUUCCUUACAGGAGAGCGGCGUUGGUUUUCCUUUGCACAGAAAAUCCGGCCGGAUGUCUUUAGACCCCGCUGUGGCAGAUGGUAGUGAAAGCGAAACAGAAGACAAUGUACUGGAGACCAGAGAGAGCGAUGGGGUGGCUCAAAAGGAGCGGCCCCCGAAAAGAAAAGAGUCGUACUCAACCACUGUCUGACCGUCACUGUGAACUAGACUGCGGAUUUAUUUUAAGGGAUCAAUUAUCAUAUGAUUAAGGGUUUUUGGAACAUAUCUGUUUCAUAUGUACAUAUAUAUUUUUUUCUCAGUCUUAUCUGCUUUUUUACCUUUGCCAAAUCUUCACCACUGACUUACCAUUGCUAUAAAGUAGACUGGAAUAUGGUUAAUGGGAAAAAUAAGGUUCUAACAGUAUUACUGAAUGUUAAUGUUUCUUGUUUAGAAAACGCAAUUGUAUCUAAACGUGGUAACCAUUUUGAAGUUCGAAACUAUAGAAAAUUGAAUUUUCUUCAGACAGAACUGCUCUUGUGCAAUAUUUUAUGCUCAAUAAACAAAUUGUAUAUUCAUGUUUAUCAAUUUGUUUUCAGGACAGCUGUCUACAAACAUUUGACCAAGACAUACAUCUGAUUUACCUAGUGUUUUUGUGUUUGGGGAACUUUUUUAUUUUCGAUUAAUAUUACUGCUUUAUUAGUAGGCCACUAGAAGUUCCCAAACACAGUGUCUUUUUUCUGUUUAACUUUAUACAAAUUAAUGGUUAUCUGUCUUGGGAGUUUUAAGUUUUGUUUGGAUUUCUAAUUUUUAUGUGCAUACAAUGCUUCCAUAUAUUGCUUACCACUCAGAGCAGUAGGUUAACUACAAAUAUAUUGGGUUUUUUUGUACAUAAUUUAUAAAUCUGUAUUGCCUAACAUUGACAUCAUUUUAUAAGGAGAAUGUACAUGUUGCAAUAUGACUGCCUCCAGCAUUCUAACAGGACUUCUGUAAAUAGAGGUUAAAAGAAAAUUGAAAAUAAAGCCAAACACUAAUAUUUUAAUAGCCUUAGUAUUUUGCUUAGAAUUCACUAGCAGAUUCAUAACUUAACUGAUGCUUGUUCAAAAACACUAGUAGUGAAACUCUUACUUCAUGUGUAUAUAACUAAUAAAUUUUCCAUGAUUAAAGAGGUUACAGCACGUAUUACUUAGUGCUAAUAUUCUACUUAAUAUAAUUUAAGGAAUGGACUGAAGUCCAAGAUACACAACAGUUAUAUCUGCCAGUAAUCUAUGAACAUUAUCUUCAGAUUCUCUAAUUACUAAUCUAUAGAUAAAGCCAUAAGAAUUCUUUCCUAGCAGUUCUCCCUUUUUUUUUUUAUCAUCUAGACUAUUUUUCCUAGAAAACUGAAUGCCUAUCAUUGAUAAAUUGGAGGAAACACCCAAAUUAUACUUGCACUAUGGAAAGACAACAAGAAUGUGUUGACUGAUGCUUUCCAUGCUCAAUUUCAUCAGCAGCCCAUGGAAAAAAAAUAGCCUUCGAGAAUAAGAGGGGAAGGUAGAAUUCAGUAUACAUGGAGGUAGAAUUGGGCACAAUAUGUUGCAUGCAAAAAAAAUUAUAUGACAGAGUGGAGUGGAAGAGACAAAAAUAAUUUUCUGUCUAAAACCAGAAGUUAAGCCUCAUGGUAUCUCCAUGGACUAGGCUUUUCCAGCAAGUCCUUUGUAGCUAUUUGCUUGAGAAAUGAGAUUGAAAACAUGCCUGCUAUGUCUAUAGCACAAGGCUAAAUUCUAGUAGCUAAGUAAUUUACCUGUGGUCACAAGUUAGUAAAUAGCAAAGAUUUUAAUUCAGAUUUCUCUGAUACCAAAGUGUUUGAAAAGGUUCAGCUAAUGAAUUUCUAAAUCCCCUGCAUUGCUGACAAUUAAUGUGAUUUAAAUAAAUUUUAUUUAAAUGUGUUACCUGGAUGCAUAUCUAUAUCUAUGUAUAGAUAUAUAAGUAGCAACACUCAUAAGUUCUACACAGCUUAUGAAUUAGAUACUAUUCCCAGAAUUGUCUGAUUGGUGCUUUUGGGUUCCUCUUUUUGUUGUUCAUGACUGUCAGCCUAGAGGCUGUUGAUGCCCAAGUGAAAUGAGAUGAUUUGAUGCACGGCCACAUGAUUGCUUUGACCCCUACAUCAAGAAAUCUAAAUGAUCUAGACCAGGGAUAAGCAACUACAGCCCAUGAGCCAAUUCUAGCAAGCUGCUUGUCUUUAUGUGACCCACAAGCUAAGAGUAGUUUUUACAUUUUCAAAUAGUUGAGGAAAAAAUCAAAAGAAUAAUAUUUUGUGUUACAUGAAAAUCAUAAAAUUCAAAUUUCAGUGUUGGUGAAUAAAAUUUUAUUGGAUACCCAUGUUUAUCCAUUUAUAUAAUAUCUAUGCCUGCUUUUGUGCUACUGUGGCAGAGUUGAGUAGCCUAAAAUAUCUACUAUCUGUCUCUUUAGAGAAAAAGUUUGCUGACCCUUGAUUUAGAUACUCUAAAAUGUAGGUUUACUUCAGUUUGUCUCAGUAGACGAUCGAACCAUUUGCUUUUGCUGUUGAACUAAUAAUUUGGAAACCUAAAAUUUCCUGAUGAAUCUUAGACUCAGGAUUAUUCAAAAUGGAAAGUGUGCCAGCUGUUUUAUAUCAUGAAGUCUUUGACACCGUAGACAAUUUAGGAAGGAUAGCUGUACCUUUGGGAAUGGAGAAAGAAUUCUAGAAUCUUAGCACUGUUCUUUAGAGUAUGUAUCAUUGACAUUUAAGGUAUUCUUAACUGAAUCAUUGUUAUCAUUUGACUUUAAAAGUAAGAACAUCUUUCUGGAGUCACAGUUGAAUUCUAAAUUUUGAAAGGUAUUCUUAGAGAAUUUCAUGAGUACUGUUUCUGGUUAGGAAUUAGGUAUUAAAAGAAUCAUGGUAAGUAAAUCUUAAUCCAUUGAUACUCUUGUAAUUUGGACAAUGAAAAACGAGAAACAAUCUUCUCAUUCAAGAUCUUUCAUUAAAAUACUCCUUUGAAGGGUUUAAAAUCUUCCUGGCCUUAGGAUGCAACAGGUUACUCUGCUCUGAUUGGGUUCCAUUUCCUUCAGAUUAAGACUUUGAAGCAUGGGACAAUGUUUUCUUGAUAGAUUUUAAUUAGUGUCUGUUAUUUUAUGUCAUUUAAAUGGUAUUAAGUUAAACAGUUAUUGGGCUGGGGCGGGGGGCGAGGGGAGUGGCAGAAAUAAAUGAAAUUUUUAAAACUCACAAUUAAAAAAAAAAACUUACUCCCUUGGGGAUAGUUACAUCCCUGGCAUCAUUGCCAUCCUGGGUUGAAAUGCUGAUACUAGAGGCUUACAAGUGACCUGAAUAAAAUGGAAAUUGCAUUGUGGUGAUGAAACAGAGACCUUUAGAUCCAAAUACUUCAACAGCUUUUAAAAAGUUAGUGGUAAAUUUUUUCUUCCUGGAAAAAAGUCAAAGAUGUAACUUUACACAAUUUCUACCCUUUUAUUGAUAUUAUUGAUAAAUAUUAGGCACUCAAUAUUUGAUGACUAAUUGAGACAACAAAGUCCCAAAUAACUGGCUGGCUGUUUUGGAAGGACAGAAAAAAACUCCAGAUAGUGCCUUUGAUUGAAAACAAGGUCUUAGACCUUUUUAAGUAUUUUAUUUCUGACAUCAUAAGAAAUUACUUGGUUCCUCAUUUUCCUUUAUCUUUUAUGUAAUACACUAUAAUUUUCAGAUUUAAAAUAAAUCCCUUUCAUGACCAGUUUGAUUAUUGUAGUACCACACAUCUACAGCUAACAUUGCAGAAAGUAAUGAUUUACUUUAUUUAAACAAUGAGCUUUAGCAAGAAAGUUACUGCUGCUCUCUCAUUAACAAAACUAAGUUUUUUUGGUUAAUUUUAAUUCAAUUCAUUCUACUGAAAUUAAAUUUCUGAUUAAAAAGUAGAGUGGAUGCUAUUUAUAAUCCAGGUUUUUACAUCAUAUCCAUGGAUCUACCUAUCCCUUCUUUUCACUCUAAAGAAGAGAUGAUAGAAUAAUAUACUAUAGAGAUGCAAAAUUAUAAAGUAUUUCAUUUUACUGUUAGAAUUUCUUAUUGUAACAUUGUAUGAUAACCUGAAAUGUUUACUCGUGCCUUUGCUUUAAAUAAUUAAAAUUUUCCAUUUUAUAAAAA